AUGACAAGAGCUUCGACACCUCCUCUAGAAACCAGCAACGGAGACCACACGGCACCCUCUCUACCCAAUUCCCCUCUCGCAAAGCGCGUCAAGACCGACCAUAACAACAUGGCUUCAGAGACACCCGCCGUUCCCAAACUCUCAUCAACGUCGCAACCUCCCCUCCUAAUCAAGAAACUAUCCGCAGACGCGACGACUCCAACGCGAGGCUCGGCAUUUGCGGCGGGCUACGAUUUGUACGCCUCGAAGCCAAUCACGAUCCCGGCGCGGGGGAAGGCUCUGGUCUCGACAGAUCUGUCCAUUGCCACACCUGAGGGUACCUACGGCCGAGUCGCGCCCAGAUCAGGCCUGGCAUCCAAGAAUUUCAUUGACACGGGCGCUGGAGUCAUCGACGCCGACUACCGCGGUGAAAUCAAGGUGCUCCUGUUCAACCACAGCGAGGUGGACUUUGAGAUUAAGAAGGGAGAUCGCAUUGCACAGCUGGUCCUCGAGCGCAUAUACACUCCUGAAAUUGUCGAGGUGGAAAAUCUUGAGGAAAGUGUCAGAGGCGCUGGCGGAUUUGGGAGCACCGGCAGCUAA